UUUUUUUUUUUUUUUUUGUGUAUGUGCAUUUGCAUACAAGUAUAGCUUGUGGUUGUUUAUUUGUGUUUUAUUAUAUAAUCUAACACACUGCCAAUUUUACUUUGUCUUCUCAGCUUUCCAUUUUCUUACAUUGUUUAGAGCUUUAGUGAUUCCUGCUGUGUUCAGUUCUGAUUCUUUAUAAACCCCCUCCUGCUUGUUGCUUUAAAAACCCAGUUCUCCUUGUUGCAUUAAUGAGGUUUCAUUUUGGUUAAUGUAGACCCUAGCUAUGAAUGACAGGCUAUCUUUACUCAAUGUCAAAUCACAAGAAAGUAUUUAUUAUCAGAAAAUAUCUGAAAUAGUUAAAAUUAAAUUCACUGCAUUAUAAUGACAGAAUGGCCUUUGUGGUGUUAAAGGAUGAGUUAUUAUUUAUAUCUGAGUUAACUGCUAAUAAUUAAGGUAUCUUUCUCAUUGUUAUGCAGCCAGAAGUGCCUCAGUUGUGCUGGCUUUCUGUAAAAAUUAUAGGCAUGAGAAAUCUCCGCAAAGCAGAUCUGUGGAGUCAAACUGAUUGCUACGUCAAGCUGUGGCUGCCAACAGCUUCAUGUCAGGAAGCUCAGACAAGAACUGUACACAACUGCAGAAGGCCUGUCUGGAAUGAAACUUUCCACUUCGUGAUACAGAGUGAAGUAAAGAACAUCCUGGAGCUGACAGUCUGUGAUAAGGACACUUUUACCCCAGAUGACCAUCUCAUGACUGUUCGCUUUGAUGUGGCUAAAAUCCCACCUGGAGAAAAAGUUCGCCUGAAUUUUGAAUUGAAUCCAGAGAAUCAGGAAGAACUAGAAGUGGAAUUUCUACUGGAUAACAUACCAGGUGUAUCCGAGAAGAUCAUUACUAAUGGUGUACUAGUGUCUCGUGAAGUUUCCUGUUUAGAAGUACACGUGAAUGAAACAAAAAUGAAGAAUUCUUACAAAAGGAGAGAUUUCACCUUCACAGUGAAAGGAUCCUAUGAAGAAACACAGGAUAUUUCCAUAGAUCCUCACUCCAGACCAGGAAGAAGUGAAACCACCAGGUUCCACUAUAUCAAGCACAGUCAACCCAGGCUGCUCAUGACUCUGCCAAAGGAGCGUUUUCUCUGUUGUCCCGGCUCAGGUAGGAGGGAAAUGGAUGUAAGUAGUCCCUUGAGUGUGCCUCUCCAUUCUCUGGAUUUGGGAAGGAAAGUGACAGUGAUGAGAGGGGAAUCUUAUGAGGUGUCUGUGAAUGAGGAAAAUAGUUGCAAGGAUUUAGAUUUGCGGCUGGGGUUUGGUCUGUGCGCGGAGGAGCAGGAUUUCAUCCGGAAAAGGAAGAAGGUGGUUGCUGCUGCUCUGAAAAAUGUUCUUCAUCUAGAUGAAGACCUGCAGGAGGAUGAGCAGGUGCCAGUGGUGGCAGUGGUGACUGCAGCAGGGGGAGUGCGGUCCAUGACAGCGAUGUUUGGCAGCCUCCUGGCUCUCCAGGAGCUGGGUGUUUUGGACUGUGUGUCAUACAUCAGUGGUUUGUCUGCCACAACGUGGACCAUGUCAAAGUUAUAUGAAGAUGCAAAUUGGUCACAAAAGGAUCUCAGAGGGCCCGUUGGUGAUAUCAGGACACACGUGACCAAGAGCAAGCUGCACUGUUUCUCUUUGGAUCAUAUGAAAUACUAUGAAAAUGAGCUUUGUGAGAGAAAGCAAGAGGGGCACAAGGUGUCCUUUACAGAUUUAUGGGGACUCUUUAUUGAUUGUAUGCUACAUCAUCAGGAAAAUACUCACAAACUCUCGGAUCAACAACUAGCAGUCAAUCAGGGGCAGAAUCCACUCCCCAUAUACCUAUCCCUCAAUGUCAAGGAUGACUUCAGCACUUUGGAUUUUAAAGAGUGGGUGGAGUUCACACCUUACGAGGUGGGUCUCCUGAAAUAUGGGGCCUUUGUUCGUUCAGAGGAUUUUGGUAGUGAGUUCUUCAUGGGUCGCCGGAUGAAGAAGAUCCCAGAAUCCCACAUCUGCUUUUUGGAAGGCACAUGGAGUAAUAUAUUUUCCCAGAGUUUUAUGGAUGCUGUCUACCUCUCGGGUCAUUCAGAACACUUCUGGCACAGAUGGACUCGAGACACUGAGCAUGACAUUGAGAGCCAUCCUGCUCUGCCCAAGAAGCCUCAUGAACAGACAACCUGCUUAUCCAUUCCCAAAGGCUACCUUUCAAAAACGCUUCGAGAAAUGAUGACUGGGCGGCCAGUGGUUUCAACUUACCAUAAUUUCCUCAAGGGCUUGCAGCUACAUAACAAAUAUUUGGAGAAUGAGAGCUUUUGUAUGUGGAAAGACACAGUGCUGGAUUCUUCUCCCAACCAGCUGAAUGACACGAGUGACUACCUCAAGCUGAUAGAUACAGCUUUCUUCAUCAACACCAGCUGCCCACCAAUUCUGAGACCAGAGAGAAAAGUAGAUGUCAUUAUCCACUUAAAUUACAGUGGAGGAUCACAGACUCUGCCACUGGACCUACUCUCAGAGUACUGUUUGGAGCAUGGGAUCCCAUUCCCCAGCACAGAGCUGAGCCAGGAAGACCGGGAACACCUGAAGGAGUGCUAUGUGUUUGAGGACAGCUUAGAGGCACCAGUCUUGGCCUAUUUUCCAUUGGUGUGUGAUACCUUCCAAAAAUACAAGGCACCGAAUGUGGAGCGCAGUCCCGCAGAGAUGGAGCAGGGAAGAGUGGAUGUGUCCAACUGUGCUGCUCCCUAUGGCACUGGCCUGCUUACAUACACUGAAGAGAAUUUCAACAAGCUGCUUAACCUGUGCAGCUACAACAUCCUGAAUAACAAACACUUAAUUCUCCAGGCUUUGCAAACUGCAGUGCAACGAAAGAAGAAACUUAAAAACUAUUCAUCACCUAAUUCAAGUAAACACUCUUAAAGUGUAUUUAGAAAAAAACCCCAAAACAUCAGAAGGAGAUACACAAAUGUUUUGGAACUGGACUAAUAAAUAGUCAUCUGCUGCAAGCUCACAGAUGUUUGUGAUGACAACAGAAUUUGUGACACCAACUCCUUUGACUUCUGCAACAGUGAGAUGGCUGAUGUGUAGCUGCUGCUACAGUUUUAUUCUGCCAGCUAAAAAACAGACAGUAGUGUUCAUGAGAUUCUUGUACUUGUCUUAGAAAAAUGGUUUCUUAAAAAAGUAUAUUUAACUGGUCUUUCCUAGGUCUUAUUUUCUGAUUGUUGUAUACAAAAAUAUACAUGCAGAGAAAUAGCUACUGUUCAAAUACUAAGUAGCCAUGCAUAAUCUUAUUAAAAAUAAUAAUUUUGUAGUUGAA